AUGGACGAUACCAAAAGCAAAGGAUUGGUAAAGUUUGAUAGUUUAUCAUUACGACAUGGCGGAAUGUAUGCAACCAAUGGGCACGCGUUGUACAGGAGCCGUAAUGUCAUCAUGGACUGUAUAGCUAAACUACUGGACUGUGAUAAAGUAUCACGAGCGCUCAUCACGGUUGCCGAUAUUGGAACAGCUGAUGGUUCAACAUCUCUUUCGUUAUUAAACGACAUCAUUAGUGAAAUCAGAAAAUACCCUGGAGAGUCUCGUCAGAUCCUGAUUUGUUAUACUGACCAGCCUGGAAACGACUUCAACAGACUGUUUAACGUGAUUCAUGGUGAAACCGGUUUAAGACGUGAUCCAAAAGUAUUUUAUUCUGUCAUUGGACGCACAAUGUACGAACAGUGCUUACCGGAUUCAUCUGCUGACCUGAUCUUUUCGUCCAUUGCCGCGAUGGCCUUGUCUAAAAGUCACUGUUGUUUCGUCAACGGCGUGUCACCAUUAUACGCAAGUGAGGAUGAACUGGUGCCUUACAAAGCGAAGGUCACCUUGGAUUGGAAAACGUUUUUGCUUAAAAGAGCAAAAGAACUCCGUCCAGGAGGAUAUCUUGUAGUACUAAAUAUAGGAACAACAAAACAAGGCGAAAUACCGAUUCAUAUUGAAGGUGGAAUGGCCACUCUAGGGCACAUAUUGAAAACGUUGGUGGUGGAUGGCCUGAUCACUAAGGACGAAUUUAUGGAGUGCAAUAUCGGUUACGAAAUGUUCAGGACAGAAGAUGAUCAUGCUUUACCGUUCAAGGAAAACGACAAUGAACUUCUUGAGAUCGGCUUGGAACUAGUAUCAACACGAUCGUUCGUUCACAAAAUGUCUCAUGCUUCUUUCGCAAUAACCAAGAAAGAUGAUGUGACCAAAAAAGCUUACGCAGACCGUAUAAUCGCUGGGAUCAAACCAUGGUUUCAUGACUCAAUAUACAAGGGGAUGUCGUGUACCAGAUCGCAGCAGGAGAGAGAAUGCUUAGUUAACACAUAUUUCCAGAGGCUUUGGGAAUUCGCAUAUAGUCACAAUAACCAAAUACCUCAAAUGGCAUUAGUGGAAAUAGUGGCAAGGAAACGAUAUGAAUAA